GCUUACAACUCUUUAAUCCGUUUCUUUCCAACCUUUAGUUGACAGAUUGGGACCUUACUUUGAGAGAAAGAAUAAAGCAUUUGUAUUCCAGUGGUGCCUGGAACUUUUUAUCAGUACCACCAACUUCAGUUGAUGGUUGGAAUACUAAUAACAAGUUUAUUUUGAUUCCAUAAUCAGCAUAUUAAACCAUAAACUAAUUGAAUAAUUUAAUUUAGCUUAGGCUUGAGAGCUUAUUCUGAACAUAUAUAGAAAGAUACGAUAUUAUGGCUGCGAAUCCAGGCACCAGUUACCCCAAGCAAUUUGAAACUCCAGCGCAGAAUUCUGUAAUGCCAACUGCAAAUGUUCAACUACAACAACAAGCUCCAGUCGGACAAGUUAUGUUGGUACAAACUCAAUCACAAGGGGCAGCAACGGGUAAACUCAAACCACGGAAAAAAUACAAAAAUGUUCUGUUUUAUCUUGGAACAGUGGAGAUCAUUUUAGCGGUGCUCUGCGCCAUUUUUUGUGUUGUGACCCUUAUCCUGGCAGUGAGAAAUUCUUCCUAUCUGUACCAAAACUUUUACAAUGAUCAAUACUAUACCUAUAGAAUCACAAAUGGCACCAAUGCAGUGGGACACGGAAUAUGGUGCGGCGCUGUCCUUCUAGUAUCUGGCAUCCUAGGAAUUAAGACGAAGCACCAUACAUCACCGUGUAUGUACCGGGCUAAUAUGACUUUCAGUAUUUUGGCAGCAAUAUUUAUGUUGAUUCUAAUCGUUUUGUCAAUUGUGAGUAUCGUCACGGUUUAUCCUCGGUCAUAUAGUUACAUAGUUAUGCCUUUCCAUGUUAUCCUUGCCAUCCUUGGAUUUAUAGGCAUGAUAAUCUCUAUUAUCCAUGCAGCGCUUUGCUGUGCUGGAAUUUGUUGUCGAAAAAAGCCCCGGCAAAUUAACGUUGCUUACACUACUCAACAAGGUCAAAUGGUGCAACUUGCAAAUGGUCAGUAUGUAAUGAUGCCACAAGGUUGCCAAACAUCAGGAGCUAUGUGUUAUGCACCCACAACUGUGCCUGUCCAGGCUGGAGGAGCCCCCACAAUGCAGUAUCCGCAGACCCCCAUUCCCACCCAAGUGGGAGGAGCCCCAACAAUGCAGUAUGCACCACCUCCCUUGCCCUCCCAGGCUGGAGCUCUUCCCCAAGGGCAGUAUCAACACGCUCCAAUGGCUGCUCAAAUUGGAAUACCUUCCGCAUCAGCCCCCAUGUCUUCCCUAAGCUCUGUAGUAUUUCCCACUGGACAAUCAUCUCAGCAAGCUGUAGCUCCUUAUCCCACAAUGCCUACACAACCAUUAAUAACCAAAGAUCAAGAAGACCAGAUGAGCUCGAAUCCUCCACAAUAUACUGAGAAAUAAUUUUGAAAAGGUUCAAAGUAUUCAGCUGAAAAUAUUCUGAAGUGGGGGGAUAUACAUAUAGCAUAUAUGUGUAGAUAUAUAUAUUUAGUAAUGCAUCCAUAUCUGUAUAAAGCAAACGAUAUGGUUUACCCUACGGCCUCCCAAACUUUUAACUCACCACCCCUUCUAAUAUAUUUAGAUGCAUAGACUUGGUGGUGGAGGAAGCCGUAAUCGACCAGCGGUUAGUGAACCACCCCACGACGGCGAGGAGUCCGGCAAUCUUUUGCCUCAUAAAAACAUAAAUAUUGAUUUAAUUACGUUUCUUAUUUCAUCUACUUCUCUUUUUUCUUAUUUUUAAUCAUAGUGCAAGUUUGCAUCCAUGACUUAAUAUUGUGUUUUCAUUAAUCAUACUUUUGUUCCAGAUAGUACAUUAUCAAUCACCAUACUUGCCGUAUAUUUCUUGCCACUUGCAAUAUCUUAGAAUUUUUCUACCAAACGAAUUUUGAUUUCAAUUUAUAGUAAAGUAAAUAGUUUUAUUGCCAGAUUUUUUUGUUGCAAUUUCAAGUUGGAAUUGAGUUAAUAAGUGGUUUUAUGUUGGGCCAUGAGAAUUUUUGUGAAUGUACAUUGGAUGGCACGGUUGAUGUUCAAAAAUAUUUCAUAAUUUAUGUUCGUUCACACUGCUAUGCAAUAUCAUAGUCAUGUUGAAGUUAACGCGUAUUGCAUAUAUAUAUAGGUUAUAUUAUGUCUUAAAAUUUUGCCGCCGAUUAUAUCACCAUACCUGCCAUAUGUUAUUGUUUUUAUGGUGCGAUAAUAAUAUACCGGUAAUUGAUAUUAAUUUCGAAUACUACAUAUCUAUAUGAAAACAGUAUUUCCUUCCACGUAGCAUCAACCUAUGAGUAUCAAUUCUUUUUUCCUACUUUUGCAUAGUUCCUAGUUUUCUUUAUAUAAAUCUUACCCUCUGUUGCGAAUAGUACAAAUCCCCAUUCUUGCCAUGCGAUGAGCUUUUUUUCUUUAUUGGGAUUUCAAUCAGAAAUGGUCAUAUAUCGUUAUAUUCAGUAUUUAUUAUCUUUAUAUACAUACUUUAUAUUGCGGAUGGUACAUUAUCGGCGUGUAUGUUGUAUUCGUAUUCAUUAUUACAGUUACCGCAGUAUUUCACAAAUAUGGUGUUUUAUCAAUAUUUUAAUUUUUUUUAUAUCAAAUGUUCAUGUAUUGAAUGAAUCUAUGUUGUUUAUACUGAAUCAUGGGUUCUCAAACUUUAUUCUCUCAUUUACCUCUUUGCAAAUUUCAAAGAAAAAGAUACCUACAAUUUUUUUUUUUAUAUUUUCAUUCCUACAAAUACCUAUGAAUAAGCCACAUUUGAUCAUGUAAGAUGUAUUGAAAUAGAGAACCCAGUGGCAGUGGCCUAUCCAGGGUGUGGCAGCCAUGGCUCGUGACAUGGGCACCGUUUGGAAAGGGGCAUAAAAAGCCGAAAAGUUUCAAACAUAAAUUGUUUAUGUAAAAUAAUUUCAGUUUGAAAAUAACUGAAACUCAUAUUUUUACUUAAAUGGUUGGUGAGGCACAAGUAUCUAAUUUUGAUAACAGUCAUUAUAAAUUGUUAACCAACUAUCAAGAGCGGCACGUUUUUAAACUUUGCCAUAGGCGCAAUGCCGCAAUUGUACAUAGAUACGCCACUGCCCAUCCGCUCCCAAAUGAUUUUUCUUGAACUUUUUGCCUACACUUGCCAUCCUGUGGACUGCACUAUGUUUAUUUUUAUCAAUUUUCUUACCAUACCAGUUUGAUUGCAACAUCCGCGUAUCCGUAUAUUUUAGCAUUGCUGUUGUAAUUCGAAUGAAUUUGAUAUUUCUGGCAAAUAUUCUUAAAAUAUAAUUAUAUGGUGUCCAUAAGUCUUGGAUUUUUUUAAAAUUGCAAAGCGAAUUAAUCGAUUUCAUACAUUGUUUUUGCCCUCACAAAUGUAUUAAAUGAAGUGAAAUACCUAAACAAUUACUGAUUAAAAACAACAAACCUGGUUAAAACAUA